AUGACAGCGCGGGGCCCGCCGCGCCUGCCGCCCAGCCGCCGCUCCGAGCCGGCCUUCCGAGAGCAAAGAAGACAAAAAGUUGAAGAAUAUCUGUCAAGAAAAAAGGCCUUUUCUGGUGUGUGCAUUCAAGAAAACAAGGCAUCUUUCAGCAGUAACAGAACUGGGAAAGUAACUAGCAGCAAACUGCAAGACAAAAUACAGACCUUAAAAUCUGCAAGGUCAAAAAUGGAAGAUGCAGAGAAUACUGAUAAACUUUCACUGGAUCAAUCAAGCAGAACCUUAGGAGAAAAUGUUCCUAUAAAAUCUUCUACAAUCACUCUGGCAAAUUCCGCAGUGGGGACAAACUGUAAUCCUGAUCUUACUUCCAAGGAUGAAGUCACUGAAAUAAAAUCCCAACAUGGGUCACUUAGCCAGUCCUUCUUGCAUGUCAGAAGUAUAAAAGAGAAGCAACUGAUUGCAGAAAAGCAAAAUUCAAACAUCAGCCUACCAAAGAAACCCACGCUUGGUACAUAUCGUGGCAAAGUUAUUCAGUCAAAAAUAAAUUCCUUCCGAAAGGCACCAAAAAGUGAGGGAGGGGAGAGGUCCUUGACGGAUAAGAAGCCUCUUGUUUCUGCCACUAAGCCAUCUGUAAGAUCUUUCUCCACAAGCAAUUGCAGUGUAGUUAUGAAGACCAUCAAAGUCACAAACUCCUCUGCUGCUGUAAAAUCAAAAGGCGUCCUCCCAUUCCAGAAUAAAUCAGCCAUCAAAGCUAUUGGCUCACAGUCCAGUCUGAAUAAACAACAAUCAAAAUCUGCUGUCUCGCUAACAAAAGUAACAGUCCAAAAGAUGGUUGGGAGAAGAGGCUCAGUGCCACAGAGGGCUGUGUUGGGCAACACUGACCACAAAAUAUCUGUGGUGAAGAAAGAUGGAGAUGCAAGACCAGAAGCUACAGGAAAAACAAGUUCUGUUGCUCCUGUUACCAAGUCAGGACAGGAUUCUAGAGCUAUUGGCAACAGAAAAUCUCUUCUGCCAAAAGAGUCAGCAGAAGAGAGAAGAGUUCGCCUGGCUGAAUGGAGGGCAUCCAAAGGGAGAGUGAUGAAGAGGCCACCUCCAUCCAUGUCCCUGGGAACCCACUCUAAAAGUGAAUCACAGGAGUUCCCUGCUACUGAAGGUUCUUCAGAGCAUUUGUUACAUGAUGAAAAAGUCAAGAAGGCCCUCUCAGAAUGUCUGCAGUUAAUGGAACAGGGAUGUCAAAGGGAUGAAGUACAUGCCAUGCUGGAAGACCUGAUCAAGAAUAUUCCUGAGGCUAAAAAGCUUGCAAAAUACUGGAUCUGCUGCAUGCAUCUUGAACAGAUGGGCCCUAUUGAAAAGCUCAUUGAGGUCUAUGAGGAAGCCAUUUUGGCAGGAGCAAUGCCAAAAGAUGAACUACGGUGCUCACUAAUAGAUAUUAUGAAAAAUACUGAAAACUUAUUGAAGUCUGAGGAUGGGGAAGCUGUGAUAGAACCUCAUUUAAGGGAGGUAGCAGAAGUCAGCAAGGAAGCCAGUUCAUCUGCAGAGCAAGUUGAGGAGGACUUAAAGGAUCUCAAAUCAAAAGAGGACCAGAAAGCAGGGAGCGAUAAGAAGGCAGAGACUAGAAAUGAAGUGAUCAAAAAUGAAGAAAUGGAUUUAGACUUGAAAACAAGAGACGGGAUGUUGCCCAAAAAGAACAAAAAGCACAAAACAAAAGAUCGUACAAAGAAGUCUGGAAAAUGGGAAGCAGAAGAGCAGAGUGAAGUCAGGGUAAAAGAUGGGACCCGAGCACUUAAUUCUCCUGGCAAGGAGAAUGAUGCAUCUUAUUUAAUGAAGUGCAAUCUACCAACAACUCCAAACUUGGAAAGUAUAAAGAUGCACCAUGAGGCAAGUGACUCCAGUGCUAAAGACCUGAAAAUUGCGACCCCAUUACGAUAUUCUCAACGUCUACGGGAGAAGAUGUGCAAGCUGUCAGACAAGGAUCAUGAUCUCUGUGUGCCUUCACUUGAACAGCUGGGGGAACUGGGGUCAAAACCCACUGCAUGUGUCCCUAAGCAGAACACUGCAGUGAAAGAAACAAGUGCUGAGGUUGAAGAGUAAAAUAGUAAUAACUGGGGGGGAAGAGGUGUUGGAUCCUUUUUAAAGAGGUUUGUUUUUAGCGAAUUUGAGAUGCUAUCCAAAACUUGUAAGGAUGACUUUAAGAUCAAAUUUAACUGCUUUUUGUCACCAAACUUUUAAACGUUUAAAACUCCUGUGGUAAAGUGGGGCUCCUAUGGUACUGAAACAUCAGUGUCUUCAUAUUAAAUGAUUCAUCCUAAUUAGUCAAUUAAGGCUAAGUUUAAUAUACUACAUGUAGUAGUUUUGCAGUUGUAGUGUAUUGCUAGCAGCACCUUAAGUGUUCCACUUGGGGAAUAUCUACUCUAGCCCCUUUUAGCUUUAAAAAAUUGAAAGCAGCUAGUAAGGUGUGGAACCUAGUCCAAACAAUAUCCAUAGUAUCCAUUUUUUGGGGGUUAUUUCAAUAAACUGACUUUAAUCCCUCUAGUUACUGGGAUUAUUAACUGAUUUAUUUUAGAUAAGCUCUCAUACACUAAUGACUAUGUUACUAUUCCAAUACUGUGUUUUGUGUUAGUCUGUAACAUGGUAGACGUGAUUAAACUGAACUCAUCUGU